AUGGCCUGUACAUACGUACCUAAGGCAGGGAUAUUCGAGGCGGCGCCAGAUGUCCGCGGGGUCUGGCAUUGGAAUACCUACCCAGGCGCCAGGGUCGAUUGUCCUGUCCCAGUCUAUGCCUUUGACUUCGAGAAGGUGUGGUCAACCUGGAAAUGGACCCAAUUGUAUCCGGGUCAGAAGGAGCUGCAAGCAUAUUUCCGCCACGUAGAUCAAGAGAUGGAGAUCUCCAAGGACACUUUGUUCAACUCGCGCGUGAAUGGCGCACAGUUCAACCGUGAUACUGCACGAUGGACCGUCACAACUGAAGAUGGCAAGAAGGUGGUCGCGAAGUACUUCAUCCCCGCCGUUGGCGAACAACAGCAUGUGCCCCAGUGGAAGGGAUAUGAGACAUCCAAAUGGGACAUUCAUCAUACCUCCUGCUGGCGCAGUGGGGGUGUCGAUGUGAAGGAGAAGCGGGUAGCCAUCAUUGGCACUGGCGCAACUGGCGUGCAGAUCACACAGGAAUGGGCCAAGGAGUCCGACGAGACCUUUGUGUUCCAGCGGACACCGAACUAUGCAUUGCCGAUCUAUCAGAAUAAAUGGCAGAAAGAGACAAGUGAUAUCUUUGCAUUCUCUGCGACCACGGUUGGCGGCCUCGCGUGGCAAAGCACGACCAAGAACUACGAUGACUACAGCUCUCAGGAAGAGCUUGAAAAGAACCUCAAUGAGAUGUACGACAAGGGUGGCUUCCACUGCUGGACAGGCGGCAUUGCAGACCUUUUCAUGAAUCCAGUGGGCAAUCGAGUUGUCUACGACACCUGGGUCAACAGAGGUCGACAACGCGCCCAGGAUCCGGUCAAGGCAGAGCUUCUAGCGCCCAAAGAGCCGCCGCAUCCAGACUACUAUGAACAAUUUAAUCGGCCCAAUGUCCAUAUUGUGGACACCAAUGCCCAUCCGAUCGUCGAAACUAGACCGCAGGGCAUUGUCACUGACGAUGGAACAAUCUAUCAGGUCGACGCUAUUGCAGUAGCCACGGGCUUUGAUGCAAGUACGGGCAGUGUGACGAAACUGGAUGUUCGGGACGUCGAUGGGGUGGACCUGAGCUCGCGAUGGAAGGAUGGUAUCCAGAGCUUCCUGGGGAUGACUGUCCCAGGCUUCCCUAACAUGCUUAUUCCUUACUCCAUCCAAUCUCCGGCACCAUGGACCAAUGGCCCAGUAUUCCUUCGGUUACAGGUCGACUGGAUUCGCGACAUGAUUGCGAAACUCGAAAAGGAGGGCAUCAGCUAUAUUGACCUUUACAAGGAGAAGGCCCAAGCAUGGCGUGACGAGCUAUUGGCGGUUACAAACAUGACUUUAUUCCCGGAGGCGAAAUCAUGGUACAUGGGAGCCAAUAUUCCCGACAAGCGAUUGGAGCUGAUGUACUUCCCUGCUCCAAUGCCAAUGUAUUUUGAGAGAUGCGCUGCUGCUCGAGAUGGUCAGUUUGCCGAGUCGUUCUUCGCCAGUCGAAAUGCGGAAUAA